GUCCGUUUUGUUUUACUCAAGUCUAAAGCACUUAUUUUUGUUUAUUUUAUUUUCGUUAAACUACAAAUCUUUAUAACGCAGCAUUAUCAGAUUUUGAGGAAGUGAUGAGAACAAAUCAAAUGUGGUUCAACAGUAACCCUUAGCGACAUAUCGGACCUUUGCUCGGGCUGUAUCCUGCAAGGGCUAGAUACCAGCAAUUCUCAAUCACCCUGAAUGUCAGUUGUAUUUUAGGCUUCCUGGAUAAAGCGAAACCAUGCCGAAAACCAGCAAACCUAAGAACGCCUAUUCGUUUUAUGUGACCGAACGCUGCAGCGAAACUAAAACGUCAUAUUCCCAGGGCUUUUCCAAAUUCAGCGAAGAAUGGGACCGAUUGGGUCCUGAUGCUAAGAAAGUGUACUUCGCCAUGGCCGAGGAUGCGCGUGAACUGUCCAGCAGCCGCAUUCCUAACGCAAAGUACCAGAAAGCCGGUGAACGCACCACCUGGCGACAAACUCAGCCUCAAGGAAACGGGAACAGCCCCGAGAAGAUCCUCUUGGGCCCCACAGCUGGCACUAAGAACCCGGAACAAAGGGACCUGACGGUGCAGGACAUGAUACCCGACGUCGCCCAUGGGAUUGGCGAGUUUGUUCUGGACGGCGAGCACAACAACCGAGGCGAAGAUGUGCCGGCGCCAGCGUACGAGGAUAUUGAAGUGGCCUGUGUAACUGCGAUUGACACCGAAUAUCCGGAACAGAGAAAUAUUUUGGUGCAGAAGGUGGUCGUAAUUGGUUGCGUUCCGCUGGUUCCGGUGGGUUGCGGUGCCACUCCCAUCAAUCGUCCCGUGGAGAUAUCUCUCAAAUCCUUCCAUUUAACAACUGGAUUUUCCAACGACGUCAAGCAUUCUUUUCACGCUUUUAUAGAUCCUGGUCCGGUUACUCCCGACAAGCAGCUCGUUCUCACGGACGCGCGAAAGAACUGCCACAAGAUUCCCUAUGCGGCUUUCAUCAAAGGGGACAGCGAUUGUAAGCGGUUUCAUGAGGGUUUUCGGCUGCGGAAAGAUUACUAUGACCUGUAUAAAGAAAUGAGUUCAUUUGUGCAAACCAACCAUCGCCCGAUCGUGGCGCUUGGAUCCAUGGAAGAUAUCGCAACAACUUGGGCAUGUUUGGAGUGGUUGCACUAUCAGGCUACGGAAGACGGCAAGAAAGAGCAAAGACCCAGUUUGAAGCAACUUACGUUAUCCACUGUGGACGAUUACGUUGGUCAUGCGAUGAGCGUUCUGAUCGGCCAUCAUUCGGAUUCGCUGCUGGCGGAAGAAUUUGAGCGGAUUCGCAAAACGUUUUCCUUGUGCCGCUAUCGUCGCCAAAGAAGCUUACAAUGUCUUUUUCACAAACAAGUGGACACGGAGAUGUGUGCUGAUGCUAUGGCAUGCGAGCGCAUUUAUACCGUAUUCGAUCUUCUGCGUGAUUACUACUCCUUGCCGACAAAUGGUCCAUUCACUCCUCGCGACUGAGAUGCCAAAUCAUGCCAAAGUUAACAUUACUGAGAAAGAACGGUUGCGGCAGUUGUAAAUUUUUCCUGUUUAACGUACAGUUGAUUAUUCCACUUUGUAAUAACUUUCAUAGGUUUCCCUCCUCGUAGCUCAAUAAUAAAGCCAGUGCAUUUGUUCUUGCGUGUAUAUUUUGUUUCCUUGCGUUAUUAUGCAUUCCAUGUCACGAUUAUAUAAGUACAACCCCUUGUUAGUAUGGUGAUUUCUUGUACAUUUGGCGUCUUACCUUUCUCGUGUAACACUUUUUCGCUGUCUUUAUGUUUUUCCUUGCUUUGUUCCCAAUAAAAAAUGCGGAG